AUGCACACUAGUGUCCUCGCCGUCAAGACAUUAUUGAAUCCUCCUGAUAUCCCCAUUUCUGCGUUAUUACGCGCAAGAUCCAUACCCAACCAGCGUUUAGUGAAAGCGCUCGGUAUAUCCAGCACAUUCGUCAGCGAUGACCCAGGCAUCCAUGAUGUCUUCACUCGCGAAGCGAAAGUUUUGAUAACCGCCGUCAGCGCGAAAGAUGGAUGGUCGAGGCUCGUUGACGUCGCCGAAACCUGCGUAAACAGGUUCCUUGACGCAGAGAGCCUCGACUAUGCCACCUUCGUGCAGUCUGUCACGCUCAGUAUCGUAUUGGCAGGUCUGCUGGGCACAGAUAUUGAAGAUCUUGACCCCGCGGACGUGGCAUUCGUAACCAAAGCCAUCAACGAUCGUUGGGCGCAAUCCAAAUCGAGCACCGCUCUUACUACAGAAGUGCUCGAUCGCAUCAACCAUCACAUCAUUAGAUGGGUUCCUGACAGAACCAAUCCCCUCAACCUCAUCAUCCCCGCGUACGAAACAAUGUGGCGCGUAGCAGCAAUUGCGGUGGUAUAUUCUAACCGCAAUUGUCUGCUGCGCGAUGCAUUCAUAUCAUAUAAUGAGAAUCCCACUGACGAUCAGUUCCGCGCCUUCGAAAACGAAGGGACGGGAGCGCAGCCUAGUGUAGAGGCGAUCGUCAGUGAGGUUCUCCGACUCCACCCCCCGACUCGUCACAUCACUCGCGCCGUGGUCGUUCCAUGGUGGAAGCGACCGUUCGUCCCAUCCGUGGAUGUGGCUGACGUCGAAGAGGCACAGAAAUCUCUUGUCUUCGGAAGCGAUCCUGAAUCCUUCAAUCCUUUGCGGUUCCACGAGAGCCAUUCCGCUCCCACGAGGGAUCAGCUGUAUGCCUUUGGGCACGGAAAGCUGAAGUGCGUAGCGGCAAGCUGGGCACCACCAGCUGCAGCUGUCAUCACCGCAAAAAUCAUGGCCAAAUUGGAUGGCAUCUCGUUCACGCUGCAGGAAGGACCGCGCAUUGGGAAAAGGGAAGGAUGGGAGGGUUGGUCGAUUGAAAGACUCUAG